AUGAUGGACCAGAAAUGUGACGGCGGCGGCGGUGGUGUCGCUGCUGCCACCGCUGGUGUCGGUGGCGGCGGCGUCGGCGGCCUCAUGUCGUUCAACCGCGGCCGCGGUGGCACCGAGGUCAUCAUCAAACCCCGUAGUCCCGCGUUGGUGCAAGUGGCCACCGGCGGCGGCGGCGGUUAUCACGGCCUGCCGACGGCCUCCGACGCAGUCAUCGUGCGCAGCCCGCCCGGCGCCUUGCCGGGCGCGAACAGCGCCACGUCCCGCAACGGUUGUUCCACCCUGUUCAGCGACAUCGCCGGCGUCAAGCGGCUCAGGCACGACGAUUGGCUGGCCGUCAACUCGCCGCCGGCCUCGUCGCCCGGCACGUCGCACAUAUCCUACGCCGUCAUAUCCAACGGCGGCAGCGGUGGUGGCGGUGUCGUCGGUGGCGGUGUCGUCGGUGGCGGUGUCGUCGGUGGAGGUGUCGGCGGUGGAGGUGGCGGUUACAACACGUCCCCGAUGUCGACCAACAGCUACGACCCGUACAGUCCGAUCAGUGGAAAAAUCGUCAAAGAGGAGUUGUCUCCGCCGAAUAGCCUGUCGGGAGUUAGCAGCCACUCGGAUGGUUUGAAGAAGAAGAAACUCAACCAUGCGCCCUCAACUGGAACCGUUAACACCGCGGCAUCGGGCCCCGGUGGUGGUGGCAGCGUUGGCGUGGGUGGUAAUGUGCUGAAUAACCGACCUCCUGAAGAACUUUGCCUGGUGUGCGGUGACCGAUCGUCCGGUUACCAUUACAACGCUCUCACAUGUGAGGGAUGCAAGGGGUUCUUCCGGAGAAGUAUCACCAAGAACGCCGUGUACCAAUGCAAGUACGGCAACAACUGCGAAAUCGAUAUGUACAUGAGGCGGAAGUGCCAGGAGUGUCGGCUGAAAAAAUGUCUAACUGUCGGCAUGAGGCCCGAAUGUGUUGUACCAGAAGUUCAAUGCGCCGUAAAAAGAAAGGAGAAAAAAGCUCAACGAGAAAAAGAUAAACCAAAUUCUACUACAGAUAUUUCUCCUGAAAUCAUAAAAAUAGAACCUACAGAGAUGAAGAUUGAAUGCGGCGAACCAAUGGUAAUAGGCACACCUAUGCCGACUGUACCUUACGUAAAACCGUUGAGUUCUGAACAAAAGGAACUAAUUCACCGACUCGUCUAUUUCCAGGAUCAAUAUGAAGCUCCCAGCGAAAAAGACUUGAAACGUUUAACAACAAAUAAUCAAAAUAUUGAUGAAUUCGAUGAAGAGAAACAAAGCGACACAACAUAUCAAAUCAUCACUGAGAUGACAAUACUCACAGUUCAACUGAUUGUCGAGUUUGCCAAACGAUUACCAGGUUUCGAUAAACUUGUAAGAGAAGAUCAGAUCACCUUACUCAAGGCUUGCUCAAGUGAAGCUAUGAUGUUCAGGGUAGCUAGGAAAUAUGACAUCACCACUGACUCAAUAGUGUUUGCUAACAACCAGCCAUUUUCAGCAGAUUCUUAUAAUAAAGCUGGGUUGGGAGAUGGAAUUGAAAACCAACUGUCAUUCAGUCGGUUUAUGUACAACAUGAAGGUGGAUAAUGCAGAAUAUGCUUUAUUGACUGCCAUUGUCAUAUUUUCAAGUAGGCCAAAUUUACUAGAUGGUUGGAAAGUGGAAAAAAUUCAAGAGAUCUACUUAGAGUCUUUAAAAGCUUACGUAGAUAAUCGCGACCGCGACACAGCAACUGUCAGAUAUGCCCGACUUCUCUCGGUACUUACCGAGUUGCGCACAUUGGGCAAUGAAAACUCUGAGCUAUGUAUGACACUGAAACUGAAAAACCGAGUAGUACCCCCAUUCUUGGCCGAAAUAUGGGAUGUCAUGCCAUAGUAAAUUACUUCAGCUAGUUACCUUGUACCUGGUCACACCAUUAGUGUUUACUUGGUAUUAUUUUGAAGACUGUCAAUAUUUUUUGUUAGUUCAGACCUCUGAUGAUAACCACUUAGCUAAUAUGUAUAGCUCUGAACAUCAAUUUGACUAUUUGUUUUACUUCUUGGAUGACUAUUUAAAAUACAAUUUACUAAUUUUAAUAAAAAUGACAUAUUGAAAUUAACUAUCUAUCUAACAUGUCAGGUAAUAAUAUUAGUUUAUGUGUUGUCUUAAAUUCACUUAAAAAUAGCUAAAUAUUUAAAGUUUGAAACUGUAGGUAAAUUAGGAGUUGUUUUUAAACACAAGGUGUAUAGGAAAAUGUUAGCACUCUUAGAUUUUGUAUAAGUAUGUUUGAAUUCACUCCUAAAUUAAGACAUAGUACUGUAAAACAGAAUUUGUUUUUAACUAAGAAUUUUUAACUAUGAGGGUGCUAUAUUGUUUCUCUGUUAUCCUCGUGUGGUUUUUGAGACUGUAUGUUUUGUACCUGCGUGUUGGAUUUUUUUCUUUUUAAAAUUAUAUAUAUAAAUAUAUAUGUUUAUCAAUAAGCCAAUUAAUUUUA